UUUGACAAUUUGGCAGCAGAGUAGCGACCAGCACCGAGUGGUGUAUUGAUCAUACUCUGAUUUAUGACCAUCGUCGCGGUGCCAAUUUAAUUAUUUUAGUUUGGAAUUGUUGAUUUUGUUGGGCUGUUUAUUUUAUUUAAAAUCCGUAUACAUUGGACCGAUUAUCGCUACUGACUAGAGAUUACAAAUGUUAAAAAAAUAAUGUCGAUAGUACGACGCAGUAUUUACAAAAUAAUAUUGGGAGUAUGACGUCACUUGCGAACAGUAGUUACACAAGCGUCAUCGCUCAGUCUACUUCGUCUACUUGGUAAUUUUAGCAAACCCCAAGAGAGUAAGAGACAUUUUUCGACAAGUGAAACAAUAUAUAACAAUAAGUAUUUGUUGUUGGUGCAAAUAUUUCAGAAGAAAUAUAAAUAAAUAAAAAAAGUCACUAUGAGUAUGCAGCAAUUUUGUCUAAGAUGGAAUAAUCAUCAACCAAACUUCAUAUCAGUGUUCUCAACUUUGUUAACAAAUGAAACUUUGGUUGAUGUGACAUUAGCUGCCGAAGGCCGGCAUUUACAAGCACAUAAAGUGGUAUUGUCAGCCUGCAGUACAUAUUUUCAAUCAUUGUUCACUGUUAAUCCAUGCCAGCACCCUAUUGUUAUAUUAAAAGAUGUUAAAUUUUCUGAUUUAAAAAUAAUGGUUGAUUUUAUGUACUAUGGUGAAGUUAAUGUUUCUCAAGAGCAAUUACCUUCAAUUAUUAAGACUGCUGAGAGUCUGAAAAUAAAAGGACUCGCUGAAAUGCAUCCAGCAACAUUAACCAAAUGGCCAAGUGGAAGCAGUGACCCUAGCGGUGGAGACCGUGGUGAAUCAUGUUCACCAACUCCAUCGCCAAUGUCGCCGUCAUUUCGACGCAAGAGACUAAGAAAAUCGUCAACUGGUUCGGCAUCUGGUUCCGGCGAUAAACAAAACGAAGAAAUGAGCGAAAUAACACUUGUUGCCACAAAUGUUGUUAAACCCGAGCCACUGAUAGUGUCACAGGAGAACCGCGAUAAUAUAAGACGUCCAGUUAAUACCAGUACUGAGUCACAAGGAAGCAUUGAUGAAGAUCAAAUAUCUAUUAUGAGUAAUAUGGAAAGUAGUACAGCGACAACACUUGCUCAAAGUGAAGGCUCUGUGCACGAUGUAAGUCAACAAUCUGGGGCAAAUGCAGGCCAAAGUUCAUCACUCUCGUCUCAAGCACCAGCACAUCAAGGAUUGCAAUGGACAAUCAUGGAGCAUACGUAUCCACGUUUCGCUCUAUCCUCGUGUCAAACGAAUCUGUCGAUUCAAGCAUCAUCGGCAUUCACGACGCCAGAAAUAACCGCGUCAUCAAGCACCAGCGAUCAGUACCCGGGUACCAACACCACUGGUUCUAGUUGUGCUAUGAACAGCUACCCAGGAUCACCACACGGCUUGCAGCAUACUUCAUCUUCAGGCGGUUUAUCACCCUCCGGUCAGUGUUCAAAUAGCUGUCAGAGCCCCUGUGCCAGUCCUCAAGCGACAGUUAAACGAAAAAGGUCCACCAAUCCGCAGGCUGAUGAGAAUUUUAUUCGAGCGCUGGACGCUGUUCGCUAUGGCGGGAUCGGAUUCUGCAAAGCUGCCAGGAUGUUUGGCGUGAACAAUCGAACCCUGUGGCUGGAGUACAAAAAACGUGGCUAUCCAAAUAAUCGACCGAGUGUUAAAUCAAAAGUCAAAAACGAGUCGAAUUCAUCGCCGCCUUCUCCUCCAGUUCCACCACCUGUUGAACCACCAAGUCCAUCUUCCAUGGGUCCACCGACUACUCCUCUGAGUACUCACAGCGCGCACAGCUCUCACAGUGUCCACAGUGCUCACAGUACUCACAGCCCUCACAGCGCUCACAAUAUUCACAAUACUCAUACCAUGAUUCCCACCCACACGCCUCACGCGAUGCUCGGCGGUUAUGUUGACACUAGACAUAUUGAUUACUCACUAUCCAAUCCAUCUAUGCCUAUCAAUUUACACGGUGUUAAUUAUAAUGCCAUGUGAGCUAACGUUUUCCCGCAUUUCAUGUACAAAUAAGUUUUAGUCAAUUCUAAAUUUAUAUAAAUUUUAUCUCAUUAUUCAUUUCAUACUUUUUGUUUUCAUUUUUGCUAAAUCAAAAAAAUAAAUCAGACAUAUAAAUAGCUGUCACAACAAGUCUUUAGUGUAUAAAAUAAAAUUAAAUUUUGUACAUAUUUAUAAAUUAUUCGGAAAUAUUUUAUAUAUAUAUAUAUAUAUAUAUAUAUAUAUAUAUAUAUAUAUAUAUUUUUUAUUUUAAUCACAAAUCGUUGUACGUCUUUCAUUAUAGGUAUUCUUUUAGGAUAAAAUAUUUUCCAAAAAAAAAAGUAUACAUAUAUAAAUAUUAAAUAAUUAUAUAUAUAUAUAUAUAUAUAUAUAUAUAUAUAUAUAUAUAUAUAUAUAUAUAUACAUCGUACUCGUAAAUGACUAGAUAACAAAUUAGUACUGGCAAUUUUUAUAGCAGAGCUCCGUUCAGCAUUUAAAAAAGCAGUUUAGUUUGAAACUAACUCAAAGUAUUUGCUAGUUAAUUAAAUUAACAAACAUUGAAAAUGUAUUAUUAUUUUUAAUUAAACUCCAAUAA